GGAAAAACAAUGCUGCCCAGCGCAAAUAAUAAAUAAUUGGUGGCCCUGUUUUUGUCCGAGUAAUGUAAAUAUUGUAAUGCGGAAUUAGACGUCUUGUCUCGGAAGCGGAAAACCAGAAUCCGCAACUGGCACCCAGCACUCGGUAACUCCCGGAAAAUGAAUGAUGCUGCAUACAGCGGAUUCCAUACACAGGUGCACUUUCCGAACCCGUCGGACCUGUCGCUUUCCACACCGGUGCACACUUUGGAGCCGGAUUCCACCUUUGGCGGGUUCUUUGACGACGAGUUUUCACAAGCACCCGCUGCGUGGAUUCCAGAUGGAAGCGGGUUGCAGCUUAAAGCCAUUGAUGCUGAUGAAACUGCCCUUUCAAAUCAAUCGCCUACGAUUCCAUUCGUCCAGAUCCAUACCACCGACCUGCAACAACCAGAGAAAAGCUACCGGAACACCUUUCGCCGACGCACCGCCGAAAUUAAGUCCGAGGCAGAGCUGAUCAAGUCUGAACUGGCAGAAGCUGCCGCUAAGGAGAGAUUGAAUGCUACACCGACUCCUCCAACUAGAAAUUCUAGUUGCCCGAGUGUGGAGGGAAAAGGGCAAGUUGUGUCGGAUGGUGCGACGGUGUUACUCAGAUGUCCUAAUUGUCCCUUUCUAAGCAUCUGCCAGGUGAGGUUGCAGGAGCACUUAAAUGUGGGAAAUUGCUUCCAAACAAGCGAGCAACAGCGUAGAGAGUGUCCAGGCUGUCGAAACAUCUUCUAUAACAAUGAUUCACUUAACUUGCACCUAUCCCUGGAUCACCAAGUGGACCAAGCUGAUAUCAUGGCCAUACGUAAUUCCGGCCAAGUUUCCUCUGAGAAACAAGACCAGAUGCACACAAAUCAAAGAUCAAUCGAUACCCAAAACCACAACCAAGCUGAGAAUAAUAACCUACCUAAGAGCCGAAUUUUUAUUAAGAGCGUUGAGUGCUUACGGGAGCCUCAGAAGGCUGAAUAUUCAGGGAAAGAUUACCCCCUUCUAAUGUCGGAUAGCGAGUCUGCCGGAGACAUUUUAGACCUGCUCGAAGAAGUGGUUGAGAAUGAUGAAACCAACGAUAAAACAACACCACCACCGCCCAAGUCAAGUCAAAAAAUUUCAAUUAAGAGCGUAGACGUACUUCGCCAACCCGUUUUGCUUCCGUUUGACUGUCAGCUUCAAAAUAAUCAGCUAAUGAUGGAUAGCAGCUUAUUAGAUGUACCUGACGUUAGGGUAGGUCCUGAAGAAGAUAAAUCAAGACAACCGAAAAUUUAUAUACGUAAGCCAAUAGUUUCUUCCUCGUUAUCAAUGGGUUUAAAUGUGGGUGUGGAUUCCACCGAAAAUGGAUUAUCUGGAGCUGUUUACACCGAUGUCUACCAAGGAGAUGCUAUGCUAACGCCUACAUGUCCUAUAUCAGGAUAUGAACCUAGCCUGGCCCCACUUGCCCAAAUGUGUUCUGAUGCCUUUUCGUUUGAUUCUGUUUUAAACGGCAAUGGAGCUACCUCCGCAGGCUUAGAUAAUACGCGAUUUAGCGCCUUAGACCUUGACUUUGGAGUAGAUUUUGUCUCGGAAGCCACUUCGCCCACUGAAACUCUUAACAACGCUACGUCUGUUUUACCACCGAUGGAACAACAGCCUGUUCAUCUGGAACAUUUUAUUUCCACUAAUACUCCUAGUGCACCCAAGCAGAAAAUUUUUAUUAAGAAUGUCGACAUACUAAAAGCUCCACAAAGAGGAACUCUGCAUUUGCGAACAGUGGACGAGCUUAACCUGAUGAAUCGAAACGAGGUGGAGCACUUGAUAGUACCAAACCUGGAGCCUAUGACCAUGUCGAUGAUGGAGUUACCCCCCCUUCAGGAGCCUCCACUGGCGUUAGAGACACACCCUAACCAGCUGCCUGAACUCCCGCCUUCGGUCAACGGAAACUGGCCUAGCGAGGAUGGUUACAGCUUGGGCCACGAUAUAGACUCCUGGCCCUGGAUAGAAGAAGCACUGCCAGAGGCAGGCAUUGCCUUAGCUAAUACAACCGAGGCUUCAGAUACCCUCCAAAUUGACAGCUUAGAUGAAGCUGCAAGUAACUUGCUGGUCAAAGAUUUUCCCCAGUUGCAACAAAAUACUUCAGAGGUGACUCCAACUGCAACAGAAGAGAUAGAAAUUCUACCUCUUAUCCCUGUAAAAAUUCCUGUGGCCACCACAAGCACGCUUCAAAAUACAACUCAUAAUACUUUGCCUGUACCACCUUUGGUUCGUCUAUUACCCGAAGCAGCAAAUUUAUCUGAAAAACAGGGACGCAUCUACGUGGCCAACAACCUUCUUCCCGCUGCAGUGGAGCCUCCAUUAUCGGGAGGAACUUCUGUGAGAGGACGACCUUAUGGGGCUAAACAUUCUGGAGGUACUGCACAUAGAAGAAAACAACCACAAGGAUCCAGUCAAGUGGUCGAGGGUGGAAAGUGCCAAGUGGAGGGUUGCAUGUUCCGAUUUAAGUCUCCCGCUACAUUAGAUUACCAUGGGAAAUGUCACAACGAAGCGCCUAGCGAGGGGCAGUCGGCAAUGAUAUGCCCGGAGUGUAAGUCAACCGAGUUCAGUAACUGGAACUGCUUGCACACGCACCUGUGGCGCGUCCACCAAAUCGAUAUGGAGCUUUACUGCUGCCAGCUAUGUAGCUUCAAGACGCCAAUAUAUUCUAGAUUGGUCAACACCCACGCAAAGAUCCAUUCCGAGGAACGCAACUACAAAUGCGAGCAGUGCGGAAAGGGUUUCAAAAACACCAAGCAACUGAAGAACCAUCGAAGACUUCAUCGCACUCAGGGGUUGGGUAUGGGGAAGCAGGCACAUAAUCAGACAUCUAGUGCUAUUAUCAAUUCAGUUCAGCUUCACCGCUGCGGCGACUGUGGGAUAGCCUUUAAGCAACGAAAAACGCUAAGAGAACAUCUUUGUAAGGAGCGGAACGAACAGUUGGAAUGCCCCGAGUGCCAGCAUGUUUUUGGGUCAAAGAGCAGCCUGCGUCUUCACUUGCAGAGCCACCAGGCGCGAAAACGUUUUCACUGUGAGGAGUGCAACUAUGAAGCAAGCGACCAUAACGCUUUCCGGCGCCAUCUAGCCACACACAAGGACCGGAAACGGUACGUUUGUCCCCACUGUGAUUUCCGGGCCAUUCAGAGUACUGCUUUUAAGCUACACUUGCAGAAGCGCCAUCCCGAACAGGAACUAUCCUCAAUAAUAUAUAAAUGCGACCAGUGUACUUUUUCAAGCAUAAAUCAAGGUCUGCUGCUAGUUCACCAGGCUAAGCAUGAAGCUCCCAACCCCGUUCAGAACUCAGUUUUAACUUCAGCUGCACCUUCCUCGCAGAUUAAGGUGGAAACCAGCAUGGUGCUAGCACAUUCCAGUAGAAGCGCACCAAAGGCAUCACCGGCCUUGGGCAAAGUAGGUGGCUUACAGGCUUUCUGAGUGUACAGACGAAAGCUAGGAGGUGCCGAAAGUCCCAACAAAAUGCUAAUUAGUGUGUACCGACUUUUAUACCAAAUGCUAAUUUUAGUUAAAUGUAUGUGAUAAGAUGCAUGGAGAUAUUUUCCCAAAUACCUUUGGUGUACAUAAGGACUCUGAGGAAUUUUGUUAUGAUAUAAAAACUGUUACGUUAUCCGAUUUCCAAUGUUAGCUGGAAUAACAUAUUGGAAUAUCUGUAUUGCUUACUUCGGCAUAUUCCGAAGAAUACUUUAAUCUUUGUUUUUAUGUAAAUAUCAACCGUAGAUGGCUAAAAAUAUUUUUUGUAUAUACAUAUAUAAAGUGUAUGUUGCGAUUUAAUAAAAUUAUAAGGGGAUGGUC